AUGUCAACCUAUCUGGAACCAUUAAAUAAUCUACUAAGACAUGGAAAGAAGUUUACAUGGAAUAAGGAGUGCGAGGAUGCCUUUGUGAAGAUCAAAGCUGAAAUCACCAGUGAACGAAUAUUAGCUCAUUAUGAUCCGAGUGAAGCAUUGGUACUUGCUACGGAUGCAAGUCCAACUGGCUUAGGUGCUUGUUUAUCUCACAGAUACAAAGAUGGAUCAGAGAAACCAAUAGCAUUUGCCUCAAGAACUCUCACAAAAUCAGAAAGGAAGUACAGCCAAAUCGACAAAGAAGCGGUAGGAAUUUACUGGGGGUUGAAGAAAUUUUUCGCCUAUUGUUAUGGAAGAAAAUUUGUUCUAAUUACAGAUCACAAACCCCUCGUUUCCAUUUUUGAUCCUGCAAAAACCUUACCUUCAAUGACAGCUUCAAGAAUGUUUAACUAUGCUCACUUUUUAUCAGGAUUUGAUUACACGAUUGAAUACCGCAAUACAACAGAACACGCUAAUGCAGACUUUUUAUCUCGAUUUCCGGUCACCGAGGUACCAGAAAAUGUAUUUGAUGAUCACGAGCAGUACCUGAUGAACCAAGUGGAAGCAAUGCCAGUGACAAGAAUAAAGAUUGAAGAGGAAACAAGGAAAGAUGAAAAUCUCAAAGUGAUAUCACACUAUUUAAACACAGGAAAAAGUUUAAAAGAACUGGGAUUAAAUGCCAAUGAGUUUUGCUUAAUGGAUGGCUGUGUGUUCAGAGGGAAUAGAAUAUGCGUACCUUUAACUUUAAGAAAACAAGUUCUAAACGAGUUGCAUGCCGGUCAUAUGGGCAUGACGAAGAUGAAACUUCUGGCUAGAAGUUACUGCUAUUGGCAAAAUAUUGAUCAGGAGAUAGAAAAUUUAGUCAAACAUUGCUACUCAUGCCAACAAAAGCUCAAAAGUCCACCUAAGGAAACGGUCCACCCAUGGGAACCUCCAAGCGGGCCAUGGGAACGUAUUCACGUAGACUUUGCAGGACCAAUAAAAGGCUGGAGUUACUUCAUUGUUGUCGAUGCUUACAGUAAAUGGGUAGAGGUCAUCCCGACUAAAUCGACAACAACUGACUGGUGCCUAAAACAACUAGAUAACUUAUUUGCAACAUUCGGUUAUCCUCAUGUCCUUGUUUCAGACAACGGGACUCAGUUAACAUCAACUUUGUUUGAAAACUACCUCAAGAAGUAUAAAAUAAUACAUAAAACAAUCGCUCCUUUUUGUCCAAAAUCUAAUGGUCAAGUAGAAAGGUCAGUUCAAACGGUCAAGAACCUCUUACAUGCUUGUGGGGGAGGACACAAUGAGGAUAAGAUAAACACGAUACUGAAACAGCUAAGGAAGACGCACCAUUCAGCAACAGGACAAUCUCCAUACUUGCUUAUGUUUGGGAGAAACGUAAGAACCGAAAUGGAUUUAAUGGUUGAGAGGACACCCACACCGCAAAUGAAACGUCAAGUUUUAACUAGAAGAAGUUUCUCAAAAGGACAAAUAGUGUUGAUGAGAAAUUAUUCAAACAUGUCAGAAGAAAUUUGGUCAAGAGGAAUAGUAGAAAGGCCGCUUGGGAACGUGAUGUACCUUGUCCAAUCAGAAGACGGGCGGUUAUUUAAGAGACACUGCGACCAACUAAGAGCAGCUUAA